AUGUUCUCCCCCCUUUUUAUUAAAUUUCAUUCUUUCUUUCUUUCUUUCUUUUUUCUUUCUUUCUUUCUUUCUUUCUAUUCCUCUCGUCAAUGUUUAUUUUCUUUCUUUCUUUCUUUCUUUCUUUCUUUCUUUCUUUUUCAACUGUUUUCUUUAUUUCCCCAUAUAUCGGUGUCAUGUUCUUCCACCCUUUUUUUUAUUAAAUUUCGUUCUUUUUUUCUUUUCGUUUUUCUUUCUUUUUCCUUUCGUCUUUCUUUUGCUUCCACUCUUUCUUUCUUUCUUUCUUUCUUUCUUUCUUUCUUUCUUAUUUUCGCCGCCAUUUUUCGAUUUUUUAAAAAAAAUAUUUUCAUAUUGUUUUCUCUUUCUUAUAUUCACCUCUUCUUUUUCUUCUAUUGUUUCUCUACUUACAUCUUUCCUUUCAAUGUUUUAUCGUUUAUCAAUUUCCCUCCCAUUUCCAUGUUCCCAGUCUUUGUCUUAUUCUUAUUUCUCAUUAUCUUCCCCUCUUUUUACCUCCCCCUUUUCUAUUUAGAGUCCGAUUAUUCAUUCUUUCCUUCUUUUUAUUCUUCCUUAUCCCCAACCGCCUCGGGCAACUGUCUCACUUCAUUCUUUCUCAUUCAUUUUCUCAUCACUUUUUUUUCUUUUUCGUUCUUUUUCUCAAUCAAGUUCUUGUUAUUUUCUCAACUACAUUCAUAUUUCUCGUUCUUUUUCUCAAUCACAUUCUUCAUUCUUUUUCUCAGUCAUUUUCUUUUUUCUCUUCUUUUUUCCUGCUUCACUUUCAUCUUCCUCAUUCUUUUCCUCAAUUACUUUCUUCUUUGUGCUUCUCUUUCUCAGUCACUUUUUUCAUUCUCAUUCUUUUUCCCAAACAAUUUCUUCACUCUCAUUCUUUUUUUCAUUCAUUUUCUUCUUUCUCGUUCUUUUUUUCCCAAUCAUUUUCAUCUUUCUCGUUCUUUCUCUCUACCCCUAUUUUUUUCUCGUUCUUUUUCUCAAUCACUAUUAUUCCCCCUUCUUAAUCUCAAUCACUUUUUUCUUUCUCAUUCUUUUUUAAACACUUUCUUUUUCUCAAUUUUGUUAUUUCUCUUUCUUUUUCUCGGUGAUUUCAUUCUUUCCCAUUCUUUUUAUCAAACAAUUUCUUCUUUCUCUUUCAUUUCUCAAUUACUGUCUUAUCUCUCAUUUUUUUUCUCAAUCAAUUUCUGCUUAUUCCUAUUUUUUCUCAAUCAAUUUCUGCUUUUUCGUUCAUCUUUUCAAUCCCUUUCUUUCUUUUUCUCAAUCAGUAUCGUCUUUCUCGUUCUUUUCCUUAAUCUCUUUCUUCUUCCUUUUCUAAAUCACUUUCUAAUUUCUCCCUCUUUUUCUCAAUCACAUUCUUUUUUGUCAUUCUUUUUCUCAGUCACUUUGUUAUUUAUCCUUCUUCCUCUUCUCAAUCACUGUCUUCUUUUUCAAUCUUUUCCCAAUCGUUUUCUUUUUUCUUUCUUUUUUCUCAAUCAGUUUCUCUGUCGAGUUCUUUUCUCAACGACUUUCUUUUUGCUCGUUCUUUUACUCAAUCACUUUCUUCUUUUUCAUUCUUUUUCUCAAUUACUUUCUUCUCUCCUUCUUUUUCUCAAUAAUUUUUGUCUUUCUCAUUCCUUUUCAGUCACUUUAUUCUGUCUCAUUUUUUUUUCUCAAUCACUUUAUUCUGUCUCAUUUUUUUUUCUCAAUCAUAUUCUUCUUUCUUUUUCCUUUUAG